AAAUGUUUUCAAAUGUGACAUGUUUCAGACUUAUUUUACAGCAGGGUUGUGUGUCGGUGUGACCGAAGCGAUUGUGAUGAAUCCAUUCGAGCGUGUGAAAGUGACCCUGAUGGCAGACAGGUCGCCUGUGGAGAAGGCGCCCAGCACGUGGGACGUCCUAAAGAAGAUCGUCAGCAACAAGGGUUAUGGUGUGGAAGGCCUCAACAGGGGAAUGUCUGCUACUAUAAUAAGUCAUGGGAUUUUCAAUAUGGUGUAUUUCGGUGUCUUUAAAUCGCUCAAGAGCCGUCUUCGACCAUUUUCUGAUGAAAUGCUGUACCUGUACCACAUAAUGGGCAUUGGCUUUGCAGCUGGUACGCUGGCAUCCAUAGCCAGUAAUCCAUUUGAUGUUGCAAAGACUCGAAUACAGGGCCCUCAGCCAGAACCCGGUGUCAGAAAAUACCGGUCCCCCCUUGCUACUGUGGCAACCAUUUACAGAGAAGAGAGAUUGCGAGCUCUUUUCAAAGGUCUGCUUCCGAGACUUCUGCGAAGAGGUGUUGGAAGUGCCCUAAUGGUGGCUGCUUAUGACUACACGUAUCGUUACCUUACCAAUGGAUUCUCAGAGUAGUUCUGUUGGUGAUAUAAUCACAAUUUGUGUCUAGUUUCUCUAGUCCAGUCAGCAAUGGAGUGUGUGCAUCAACAGAAUUGCAUGGGAGCAUAGGGGUCUUUUUCAUAGGAUUUUAAACACUAGUAUUAUAGAGGAGCCAUUAAGCUGAGCAAGUGAUGUGGUAACAGGUUGUGAAACUUAUCUGUGCCUUGAUCACUGUUAACGCUUUGGGAGCUGAAUGAAAAUAUUGGCGGUUGCUUUGUGGAUUUUUUUUUUUUUUUUUAACACUGAAAAGAACAUUUCCUAAAAUGUGUGUAGAAUAUCAUUGGUGCUAACUCAUGUUUGUGUGCAAAGUCUUCCAAGGUAACGGAGUUGUAACCGUCUUGGCCAUUUGGUAGUUUUGAGCACAGAAAUGUAUUUCAAAUGUUCAGAUAUGCUAUUUUUGUAUGUGAAAUUUGAUAUGAAAAUAACUUAUGUCUUCAUAUUUUA